AUGAAGAACUCUAGCUUGGGAAAAUCAAUUGUGGUGUUGCUGAUUUUCGCCACUCUAACUUACUGCUUAGAUGCAAGAUUACAGACUUGUCAGCCGAGUGGCAGUAUCAGAGGCAUAAAGCCACCACCAGGACAAUGUAACCCCGAAAACGACUCAGAUUGUUGCAAACAAGGCAAGAUGUACACCACAUACAAAUGCUCACCUUCUGUGACCGGUAAUACCAAGGCUGUUUUAACCUUAAAUAGCUUCCAAAAGGGUGGAGAUGGUGGUGGACCAUCGGAAUGUGAUAACCAAUACCAUUCUGAUGACACUCCAGUUGUUGCUCUUUCAACCGGAUGGUACAGUGGAGGAGAUAGGUGCCUUAACUAUAUCACCAUAAGUGCUAAUGGAAGAAGUGUGAAGGCUAAAGUUGUAGAUGAGUGUGACUCUACCAUGGGAUGUGAUGACGAACACGACUAUCAGCCUCCAUGUCCCAAUAACAUUGUUGAUGCAUCUAAAGCAGUGUGGAAAGCCUUGGGUAUUCCAGAAGGUGAUUGGGGUGAUUAUGACAUUACAUGGUCUGAUGCUUAG